AAGGAUGAAGCAAGUUUGUGCCCAAAAAUUGGACUUGAUUAAUUUCAAAAAAUUAAGUGAAGUUGCCAACAAUAACCCAAGCCCAUUACAUCUCUCGGCUUAAGUCUUCAAUCUUCAGUGUUCCAUGUCCAAAAGAGGAAAAUUUUCAGUGUUCGGAUAUUAUAUAUAAACUCAACUGGCAAAUUUCCCGCCAAUUUGUUUCGCACUUCGUCAAAUCAGAGAAAGAAACCAAACCCUAGACUCUAGAGAGAGGGAGAGAAGCCAUGGAAGAGGAAAUCAAGUCAGAAUUCAGAAAAGCCGGGUUCAACCUUGAGGAAGAAGAAGAAAUACUGAACAAGUGUAUGACUUUCUGCAUCAACUACAGCCUCAGCCCUGCAGAUCUCGUCUCAAACUGGGAGGUUUAUUACCUCAACAGACAACUGAAUGAGCCAACAGUGCAAAAUGCUGAAAUGGAUGGCUUUUUGAUGCACCUGCAGACUAACAAGAAAGAAGAAGUUAUAAAGGAGGAAUCUAAUUUGCAUAGUUACUCUAUCAGAGAUGUAGAAAUGGUCUUAAAUAAUGAUGAUGAUGCUAAGUUUAGUACUCCUGGGACUCCAACAAAUAAUGAUGAACAUCUUCGUUCACCUGCACACGAAGCAAUGUCUCUAACACAUGGGAAUAUUUUAUCUUCUGGAAAACCAACUGAGCUGGUGACACCCUUUUCAAAGCGAACUGAUAGGUUUGCUGUGAAAUUUAGCAUCAACACAGUGCCUGAUAUAGAGAAUGAAAUACAAGUGCCGAAUCAUGAGAUCGAUGAGGAUGAUGUUAUUAGGAAAGUUAUGCCUUGUAAAAGGUGUUCAUUGGUGGUUCAUGGAUCAGGGCCUAAACGUGGUUGCAGAUUCAUGCAUGAUAGGACAGAGGAUAGGAUGAAUGUAAUAGAAAAUCGAAUUCGCAAACAUACAAGGGCCCUUGUUGCUUCUGGGAUUUAUGGAGAACCAACAGACCCUACAAUUGCUUCACAGAGAAGCAUUUUUGCUGUCGGUAUGGUUUGCUGUGAUGCAGAAGGCCGUCUAAAUGACAAGUCUGUCAUGCUGCAGGGCAGUGUUGAACAUUCUGGAGGAGAAUGUGUUCGUCUGGACUUGCAACGCUUAAGCCAUUUUUCAAUUUUCCCUGGGCAGGUUGUUGGUAUUGAAGGGCAUAAUCCUAGUGGGCAUUGCUUAGUUGCAUCUAAAUUGGUAGAUUCUAUACCACCUACCUCUGUUGCUGAUGAUAAGGAUUUGAAUCCAGCAAAGAAGCUAGCUAUUGAUAAAAGUCAACCAAUUGAUAUUACUUCUAAAAAGACAGAGUUGUCCAUGAUUAUUGCAGCAGGCCCUUUUACAACAACAGACAAUUUAUUUUUUGAGCCCCUUGUAGAAUUGUUAGCAUAUGCAAAGCGAAGACAGCCACAGUUACUCGUAUUGUUGGGACCAUUUGUUGAUUCUGAACACUCCAACAUUAAGAAAGGAACCGUUGACAGAACCUUUGAUGAAAUAUUUCAUAACGACAUCCUGAGCAAGUUACAAGAUUAUGUAGAAUGUAUGGGUGCUGCUGCACGUGUUCUUCUUGUACCAUCUAUACGAGAUGCGAACCAUGAUUUUGUUUUCCCUCAGCCUGAACUGGAUAUCAAUCUUCCUGAUCUCAAAUCUCAGAUAAUCAGUCUCACUAAUCCUGGAAUCUUUGAGGCAAACGAGGUCAAAGUUGGUUGCUGCAGUGUAGAUAUUCUCAAGCAGAUCAGUGGGGAAGAGAUAUCACGAACUGCGCCAGAUGGACAACCUACUGAUCGCUUGAGUAGGCUUGCAAAUCAUAUUCUUAGCCAGCAAAGCUUUUAUCCACUUUAUCCGCCGGCAGAAGGUGUUCCUUUGGAUUUUUCUCUUGCACCAGAAGCCCUUCAACUCCCGUUGGUUCCAGAUCUUCUUAUCUUGCCUUCGGAUAUCAAGUACUUUGUCAAGGUGCUUAAUGUGGGAAGUGAAGAGACAAACUGCAAGAAAUGCAUUGCUGUGAAUCCAGGAAGACUAACAAAGGGAGAAGGAGGGGGUACUUUUGUAGAGCUUGAUUAUCGUGGUGGUUCCGACAAAAUUAAUGCAUCAGUUAUUGGCAUAUGAAUAGUUUCGGAGCAUCUGUAGUCAGGAGGUAUCCUGUAUCCACUAGUAGAAGCAAUCUUAUUUUUGGCUCAGUCAGAAUUUGAAUUGAUUCAAAUGGUGACUCGCUUCAUCACGGGGAAGUGUUCCUUUAUGUAUCAUGAGUUGUACAUAAUUUUGCUGUGCAUUGUUAUAUUAUAUUGAAAGUAACUCGGAAUUCGUGACGUUAUUGGUAUUCAUUGUUUUAUAUAAAACAAUUUUAUUAUACUACGUGCCUUCCUCUGUAAGUAUACUCUUGGAAAUCAGGAAAUGACAUAGUAAUGUAUGUGCCUUUAAGCUUCACAGGAGCACUUGUGCAGUUGUAAAUUAAGUUAUGAAGAGAACAGCAUAUGCCAAAUAGUUGCUUAGCUAUAGCCACGAAACAUCUUGUUUUAUUUAUCACUUCACGUAUUAAUUACGUGAACUAAUUGUGUAAAAUGCAUAAAUAAACUGGCUCCCUUAAAAGCAGGUCCAAAAGGAAGAGCUACUACUCGAAGCAUGAGUUGCUUAAAAUAUAAAAGUUAAAUUAAACCUAUUUUGUUAAAAUGACCAAAAUGCAACCACACCCAAAAUACAAUCUGUUUCGAAGCUUGCCUGCACUACACCUUUGGUUUUGUCGAAAAGCUAAAAUGAGAUUUUAAUAAAA